UCCUCAUUAUAUUCAAGGUGCGGCUAUUCAACAGGUGUCUGAGAAAUAGUCCCUUUUGCAUUUUACAGGCAAAACUACCAAAUUGGGUUUAUAUUUCGCAGACUACUUUCUAAAACAAUUUUACAACAACAGCUUCUUUUUUUAAGACAUUCAUUGUGUGAACGCGUGGAGGACUGCUAGUCUCAACCAGGUGGACAGUCAUUUAUUUUUUGUUCCUACAAAACAAUUAGACUUUCUACAGGUUUUACAAGAACAGUGACUUUCCUAAAACUCAGUUUGAUUCAAGGAGUUCAUAAUGGCCAACUCGGGACUCCAGAUUUUGGGGUUUGCCCUGUCGCUACUGGGUCUGAUCGGGUUAAUUGUAGGCACAAUUCUGCCCCAGUGGAAGAUGUCCGCCUAUGUCGGGGACAACAUCAUCACAGCAGUGUCUAUGUACCAGGGAUUAUGGAUGUCUUGUGCAUUUCAGAGCACCGGCCAGAUCCAAUGCAAAGUCUAUGACUCAAUUCUGCAACUUGACAGUGCGCUCCAGGCAACGCGUGCCCUGAUGAUUGUGGGCAUCAUUGUGACCGUGGCUGGACUGGGGGUGGCAACCAUGGGAAUGAAGUGCAGCAACUGUGGAGGAGAUGACAAAAUAAAGAAGUCUCGCAUCACCAUGACUGGAGGCAUCAUCCUGCUGAUUGGAUCUCUGUCUGCAACUAUUGCCUGCUCGUGGUUUGCUCAUAACAUCAUCAAAGAGUUCUACAAUCCAUUCGCUCCUGUCAACUCCAAGUAUGAGUUUGGUUUAGCCAUCUUCAUUGCCUGGGCUGGAGCCUUCCUGGACAUAAUCGGCGGUGCCAUGCUCGCAGCAUCAUGCCCCAAGGGCAAACCUACACCCAAAUACCCCAUCGCCGCCACCCGCCCCCCUAGCAGCACCAAGGAAUUCGUCUGAGCAGGAGACCCCCCCUCU